UUAGUUGUAUUAAGAAUGGGAAUCUUAACUACAAAGAAUUGUGGAUUUUGGGUCGACCUACCACCUAAAACGACGUCGCCUCCUUCUCUGGCUUCCAAUCUCUUUCUCCUCUCUCUCUCUCUUAUAAGCUUGCGUUGGCCAGUCGCUCAUCUCAAAUACAAAGACACGAAUAUUAAACACACAGAAGAAGAAGAAGGACGAGAAAGAGCGAGAGGAGAGAUGAAGUCUCAUAUGGUUUGGUUUUUGUUUCUUGCAUCCUUCUUGUCUGUGUUCCCAGCUCCAUCGGAGAGCAUGGUUCGCCAUUACAAGUUUAACGUUGUGAUGAAGAACAUUACUAGACUAUGCUCAAGCAAGCCAACCGUGACCGUGAACGGUAGAUAUCCAGGUCCUACAAUCUACGCACGAGAAGACGACACGUUGCUCAUCAAAGUCGUUAAUCACGUCAAAUACAACGUUUCGAUCCACUGGCACGGUGUGAGACAAGUGAGAACAGGAUGGGCCGAUGGGCCUGCUUACAUAACCCAGUGCCCGAUCCAGCCAGGUCAAGUCUACACAUACAACUACACCUUGACCGGCCAACGCGGUACCCUCUGGUGGCAUGCUCACAUCCUCUGGCUCAGAGCCACUGUUUACGGCGCAAUUGUUAUCCUCCCCAAACGUGGUGUUCCCUAUCCGUUCCCCAAACCCGACCACGAGAAAGUCAUAGUUCUAGGUGAAUGGUGGAAAUCGGAUACGGAAAACGUCAUUAACGAGGCACUUAAGUCUGGAUUAGCCCCUAAUGUCUCCGACGCUCACAUGAUCAACGGACGCCCUGGCCUUGCUAAAAAUUGUCCAUCUGAUCAGGGCUACAAAUUGUCAGUCAAAAAUGGCAAAACCUAUUUGCUACGAGUAGUCAAUGCUGCACUUAAUGAAGAGCUAUUUUUCAAAGUCGCUGGCCACCUUUUCACGGUGGUUGAAGUCGACGCCGUCUACGUCAAACCGUUCAAGAUCGACACCAUCGUUAUAGCCCCCGGUCAAACCACCAACGUCCUCCUAACCGCCUCGAAAUCAACCGGCAAAUACCUUGUAACCGCUUCUCCCUUCAUGGACUCCCCAAUCGCGGUAGACAAUGUAACCGCCACCGCGACUGUCCAUUACUCCGGAACACUAUCCUCCUCACCGACAAUCCUCACUCUCCCUCCGCCGCAAAACGCUACGUCCGUCGCCACUAACUUUACAAACUCUCUUCGUAGUCUCAACUCCAAGAAGUACCCUGCCCUAGUCCCGACCACCAUCGACCACCACCUCUUCUUCACUGUUGGCCUCGGGCUAAACCCGUGUCCUACUUGUAAGGCUGGAAACGGUAGCCGUGUCGUGGCCAGUAUCAACAAUGUAACAUUCGUUAUGCCUAAAAUCGCGUUGCUGCCCGCUCAUUACUUCAACAUUAGUGGAGUUUUUACACCAGAUUUUCCAAAGAACCCACCGCACGUUUUCAACUAUAGCGGAGGAUCAGUCACGAACAUGGCCACGGAAACCGGCACAAGGCUUUACAAGCUACCAUACAAUGCAACGGUGCAGCUGGUUCUCCAAGAUACCGGCGUCAUAGCGCCGGAGAACCAUCCGAUUCAUCUUCACGGCUAUAACUUCUUUGAAGUUGGUCGGGGAUUAGGUAACUUCAACCCCAAGAAAGAUCCAAACAACUUCAAUUUGGUCGAUCCGGUUGAGAGGAACACAAUCGGAGUACCAUCUGGUGGAUGGGUCGUCAUCAGAUUUAGAGCGGAUAAUCCCGGGGUUUGGUUUAUGCAUUGUCACUUGGAGGUACACACGACGUGGGGAUUAAAGAUGGCUUUCUUGGUGGAGAACGGCAAAGGACCCAAUCAGUCGAUUUUGCCACCGCCUAAGGAUUUUCCCAAGUGUUAGGGUCAUUCAACUAAACAAGACCACGUCCAAGCAGACCAGUGAGUACUGGUGAAAAAUUCAUUGUGGAUUUUGUUAAAAGUUAAUAUUUUUUUAGCAAAGCAAAGGUUCGAUUUUUUUCUCAAGCAAAGUUUGAAUAAAAGAGGAAAAAAGAGCAAUGUAUUAUAAUAAUAUUUUUAUCAUUAUAUCAAAUUACAUUUACAUUUUGUUAUUGUCUUCAACACAACGUACUCUUGUAUAGCCCAUGCGUUUUAUUUAUUAUUUUGGUCCAA